AUGGCAGCUCCCGAUGAAUCGUUCGUAGAUUUUCUCGAAUUUGCUUCACGCGCAAGUGAUUUGUGCUCGGGGAAGCUGUAUGCACGGGUUUGUCCGGAUCGUCGUCGUCUGCUUGACCGCGAGAAUCCUAUGGAGUGCUACUCGAACGAUGAGUUCCUACUUCGUUACCGGUUCACAAAGUCGUCUGUCUUGCGUAUUUUGAGUGAGCUUUCUCUCGAAUGUGCGACAGACAACAGAGGUCAUCCUCUUCCUUCAUUGCUGAAACUGCUUGCGACCCUUCGCUUCUAUGGUGCUGGCGCUUUUCAAACAGUUAUUGGUGAUUUGGUGGGAAUAUCACAGUCAGCAACGUGCAACGCGAUCUGGACAGUUACGAGGCGCAUCGCUUCUGUACUUUAUCCAAAAUAUGUCCGGUUUCCUCUUGCAUCCGAAGCAGCGUCAGUAAUGACGCGCUUUUACUCGAUUGCCGGGUUUCAGGGCGUCACUGGUUGUAUCGAUUGCACACAUGUUCCUAUAAACAGCCCUGGUGGGAUGCACGCCGAAGUUUACAGGAAUCGUAAGGGAGUUUUCUCCAUCAACGUACAGGCCAUUACUGGUCCAGAGCUUCAAUUCUUCGACAUUGUUGCGAGUUGGCCUGGGUCAGUGCACGACAGUCGGAUAUUUGAUAACAGCAGAGCUCGUGUCCUGUACGAAGAAGGGAUGCUGCCUGGUAUCUUGCUUGGGGACCAAGGAUACCCAUGCAUGCCCUUUCUAAUGACUCCACUGAGCGACCCCAGAACGCAAGCAGAAAGAAGAUACAACCGAAGCCACAUUAAAACGCGGAAUUCAGUAGAGAGAGCAUUUGGAGUGUGGAAAAGAAGAUUCCCAUGCCUCAGAAUGAAGCUCCAAACGCGGCUUGAACGGUCAGCUGCUUUCAUCUGCGCUUGUGCAGCACUACACAACAUCGCAUGCGUAUGGAACGACCCCUGCCCAAUGGACAACAUGCAAAUACAAGAAGAUGAGGGUCCUCUAUCUGCUAUCUACCCAGACGUUGUGCUUGGUGCACACAUGAGGCGCCGUCUAAUUGAAAAUGUUUUUUCCCGCGUCCAGGACGAUGCUUAG